AGCACGAAUAUGUCCCUGUGAAAUGCGACUGCAAGAAUAUUGACGGCUUCUAGAAUCUAGCGACAAGACAAGAUGGACAGUGGAAGACAGCACGCCGUUGUCGCCCUAGCUUUCCUCUGGCUCAGCGUAUAUGCCCACGCAGAAAAUCUAGUGGUAACUUGCGGUAGCACACUUAAGCUCCAGCACGUCCUCACAAAGGCGCGGCUUCACUCACAUCAAGUCGCGUACAGCCGAGGGAGUCAGCAGCAGUCCGUGACUGGUUAUCCUGAUGGAGACGAUGGAAACAGCCUCUGGCUCGUUCAAGGCCUUGCUGACGAACCCUGUACACCCGGCGCACCCAUGAAGAAAGGCACCCGUAUGCGGUUGCUGCACGUCGCUACUCGGAAAUGGUUGCACAGCCACUUGUACCAGUCUCCAUUGAGCAACAGCCAGGAGGUCAGUGCUUUCGGAAGCGACACGCAGUCGGAUGGUGGUGACGUCUGGACUCUGGAGUGGGAUGGAAAGGGUAAAAUUUGGAAGCAGAACACCAAGGUUCGUUUCAAGCACGUCGACACUGGCGUCUACUUGUUCUCCCACGAUGCGAAAUACGGAAACCCAAUUGCCGGACAGUUUGAGGUUGCGGGAAUCCCGCAAAAAAACAAAAACACAGAGUGGAUGGCAGCGGAGGGCGUUUACAUGCCCAAGAGCAGUGAGAAAGGUGCAGGCGAUGAUGACAAGGAGGAACUGUAAAAUCUUGUUGGGAGUCUCGCCGGUGCACGAUCCUAUCGAUUUUCAAGAUGUGGCGAGCGUUACCAUCCAUUAUCAAUACCAUCAUGGUUUCAUUUGUGUGCCGUAACCGUAAUUGGCCAGCUUACGUGUGCAUGCUCUAAGUAAUCGAGUGAACGCUGAAGGAAGAGUGAGUAAGCGAGCGUAAACGGAUAUGGAAUUAACUAGUUCACGUCCUUUCGACUUUGUUUAUCUUUGACAGUUGGGACAGUUUCAUUCCUGUGACGUGGCUCAUCUGUCUUUACCCUGGGCUUUGGCAUCAGUUGUUGACCAAGAUUCGCAAGUCCAUAACUGAGAUGCAUCAGUCCGUGGAGUGAUCACGUGGUACGCUGCCAAACAAGGUUGAGUUUAUCGCCGAAACCUGCACACAACAAACUGGCACCAAGUACGGUGGCCGCCUUUUAAGUUGUAAACCCAAUAAGGAAUGCAGUUGUGAAAAUGCACCAAGGACAUCUCUGACCGCGGAACCAUGCACAAACACCACGGCAAUAGGCGUCCAGGAUACUGCACCAUGCGUUGAUAUGUCAACCUCGUUGCUCAUCCCCGUCAUCAUCGCACGUCACGAAGCACGUUCUUCUGCACUACUAAAUGCAGUGCUCCAGUAACGAGCAUCCGAGCCUUGCAACCUGUACAGGGCGAAGCCCCGCCUCACACCCUCUGUCCGUUUAUCGCUUCGGUGUUAGGCUGCGGCAGCUGCACAUAUAACUUGUGGCUUGCGUCUACGACGCCUGGUUGUCCAGGUGCAAUGCUGCCGCACGGGGCCGCAGGCAUGACGAAGUCACGAAGAGGGCGGCUGCGUGUCAGGUCUAUCCGAUACAUCCGUACAGCGGCCAGCACCUGCUCCGGCAGCUCCUCCGAACUGUUGCCCUGAAUAACGAAAGCGUUCUCGAAGAUGACUUCGUUCAGCCUGUUAAAAUAAGCGCUGAACGCUUUUCGGGCAAGGAACUGGUAAUUGUGGAUAUCAAUGUCCACCUCCAGAUAGCCUGGUCCGUUGAAGAAAAAAUGUUGCGGACGGGUGAGGAUCGGCUUGUCGUUGUAGGUUGACAGCAGCUUGUGCUCCGGGGGACUCAGGGGCCCCUUCAUCGCC